CACAUCUCAUGUGGGAAGUUGAAAAAAAAAUGGCCGACAGGAGGCGAAGGCCUCAUUCAGAAGCCGAAAGUGAUGAAGAAAGUACAGAAACAGGGAGUACCCAGAGUCCUCGUAAACCUCGACAGUCAGAAUGUGAAAGUGAAGGUGAAACGAAAGAAGCUGAUUUAGAGGUAUCCGAUUAUGAGAGUGCUAAUGAGGACAAUGGAGAGGAAGGGGAGGAAGAGGAAGAAGAAGACGAUGAAGAAGAGGAGUCAGAAGAAGAGGAAGAUGACGACGAAGAAGAAGAAGGAGAAGAAUAUGAAGAUGAAGAUGUUAUCAUAGAAGACUAUGAUGAAGUGGGGGAGGAAAGACAAAGUGGGGAUGGAGAGGAGCAACCUGACAAAUCUAAGUUAGAUGAUGAUGAGGACAGAAAGAAUCCUGCUUUUAUUCCACGGCAGGGAGCUUUCUACGAACAUGAUCUCAGGCUGGGAGAAGAUAGUCAGGAGGGUCUAGAAGAAGAUAAGCGUCCAACAGGUCCAAGAAAGAAGUUAUGGCAGGAUGAAGGACGCUGGAACCAUGAUAAGUAUGCUGACUACAUGCAAGCUCCAAAGUCAAGAGAGGAACUAAUCACAAUGUACGGUUAUGACAUCCGUCUGGCAGACAAACCUCCAGAUGCUCCACCCCGUAGAGGAGGAGGGGGAGGGCCCAGAAGACCAAGGGAUGAGAAGCCACAGAUUAGUGACUUUAUUCCGGAAUCCUCUAGGGAUGACAGUUAUUUAGUUGAAAGAAAAAAUGACUAUAAUAGAAAUAGAGAUAGAAACUUCAGAGGCAAAUCUGAAGAAUAUCGUCAACAGGAUGAAGAACGAGGUCCUCCACCAAGUCGGUCGUUUGAAAAUCAGAAUACUGGUAAUGAUAACGAAAAACAUCAGCCUCCAAAAUACGAUGAGUGGAAUAGUCGAUAUGAAGAAAAUCAGUCAUAUAGAUAUAGAUCUCGUGGUGAUUCAAACAAAGACUCAGGCAGAGGAUACAGCAGAAAUUCAGAUUCAGGUAGAGGCUACAAUAGGAAUCGAGACUCAAAUAGAGGCUAUGAAAGGGAAUCAUAUCAGGAUUCUAAUCGUGGUUACGAUAGGCCGCCUCGUAGGGAUUAUGAUAAUCGAGGUUAUGACAGGCCACCUCGUAGAGACUAUGAUAAUCGCAGUCAGAGGUAUGAUAAUCGUGAUAAUCGUGAAUAUCGUAGUGAUCGUGGGAACUAUGAAUACCAAAGAGGGGGGAGAUAUAAUGGUAGAGGAGGUUAUAGAAAUGAUCCUCCUAGACGGGAGUUCACAUAUUCUAGAGGACAGAGAGGUGGAAGGUCAACAAGACCUGAUCGAGGAAGAGGGGCUGCCCCAAGAAGAAGUUUUGAACAAGAAAGGAAAAUCCCUCCACGUUUUCUCAAAAAGAAAGAACAAAGGUUGCAACAACAGUUACAAAAUAAUUACAAUACUGGGGAGUAUGUUGAUCAUGAACAGAUGCAGAAUUAUUAUAAUGACAAUGCUAUGGAAGGGUAUCAGCUUGUGGAAGGUGAUAUAGAAGGCCAGCAUGUUGUUAUUCAAACAGAAACUUAUACACCUGGGGGUGGACAAGAAGAUGUUCAACAACAACCUCAAGAAGAGAAAGCAGAAGAGAAAAAUGAAAAUGUAAUUGUACAGUCAAGUACCAGUGAACGCAAGUCGUAUUCAAAAGAUCGACGCGCAAGAACUGUUGGGAAGACGCGAGUACAGGAUUCUGCUUUAAAUGCUGUACAGGAAGGAAUGGUUAAUCUACAGCUUCAAGAGAGUCAGAAAAGUUCUAAAGCUGGGGACGCACAAGAUAGAGGUGAACAGAAGUCUAAAAGAUCAUCUCAGGGUCAAGCCGAAAAUUACCAAGCAUCCUCUAAACAAGAUGGUGGAAGGUCAAAACGUUACUCAUCACAAAGACAAAGAAAUCCAGAGCAAGCUUCACCUGAUACCGCUCAGUUCUAUCCUCAAGAAGUUCCUAAAGGUUUCCAAAAACAAGAAGUAGCAGUUCCAUUUCCACAGCCCAUCCUAAGACCACCCAUUAAUUAUCCAAUUCCUGUGUCAACUAGUGCUUUACCAAAUGGUCCUCCACAGAGAUUAUUUAGACCUCCACCAGUAUCAAUGACUGGACCAGUGCCCAUUAUACCACCACAGUUUAUCAACACUGGAGUAAUCUAUGGACCACCACAGGGCCCAGGACCAUAUCCAGUUGCUCCUAUUCAGGGAUUCCCAUCACCACCUCCCGUGUCAACAGCUCCUCCACCUCCCAUACCAGGAGUAUCUUCUCCAAAUCAGCUUCAAGAAGUUUAUAGACAUGGAACAACAUACUAUGCUCCCGAGCUGCAAUAUCCUCAGAUUAAAAAGUUUUCUCCUGUAAAACGAACAAAAUCAGCCAUACCAAUAGUCAAUCCAGAGGAAAUUACUGGUAAUGUGUAUGUGGAGGGUGUAGAAGGAGAACAAGAAGUAGGUCAGGAUCAGUUUCAGGUAGAUAACAGAGAUGCCAUGCUCCAAGAAACAAUCGAUAGAGAAUUUGGAUUUGAGGAUCAAACCGAGCCUCCAUCGUUGUACGAAGGUAGUAAAUCAGUUGCUGAACCUGUUUCAGACGAAAGAUUGUUUACAGAUGGACAGACUCCAGAGACAAUAGAACACACUGAUAGUGAUUUAGACUCUUUAUCGUCAAGGUUGACGACCGAUAUCAGUAAUUAUACAAUAGCAUUCAGUACAGAUCAGGAAGUCAUUGAGAAGGAUGAUGAUCAAGAUGAUGAAAGGAACUCUCCUGUUAUGGAGGUUAAGAAUAGUCUGCCUGUUGUUGAGAGCGUUCCAAUUGUAGAACAAAAGGACAGUCUACCAGUUGAUAGGAUAUCUCCUUCUAUUGAAAAGGGAGAUAAUUGCGAUGAUGAAAGAAACUCUCCUGUUUUGGAAGUUAAGAAUAGCAUGCCUGUUGUUGAGAGCUCUCCUGUUGUGGAACAAGCUGACAGUCUAGCAGUUGAUAAUACAUCUCCUGCCUUAGAAGAUAAAAAUAUUCUGUCUGUUGUUGAGAGCUCGCAAGUUGUGAAACAAGAUGACAGUCUGUCAGUUGAUAAGACAUCUCCUGCCAUAGAAGAGAAGAAUGUUGAGAGCUCUCCUGUCGUGGAGGAAAAAAACAGUGUGUUAGUUGAUAAAAGCUCUCCUGUUCCUGAAGAUUCAAAAGAUACUUCACUAGAAGCAGCUGAUGCCUCAAGCUCACCAGAAAUUUCAGUUACAUAGUCUUUCAUAAUUAUUGUUAAGUGUUUUUGCAAUUUGUUUAUGUAUUGUAUGUGAGGUAUCAUGUUGGUAGAGAGUGUUAAAGUUACAAGCAUUAUUAUUUUCUGCAAUUUAAAGCUUGUUUUGAAAUUAUAUGAAUGAUAAGAUACAUGUAAGGCAUGUGUAGUCAUCUUUGAGCAUAGUAUUUUCAUCAUUAUAUAUAUAGAUAUUGUCCAUUUUGUUCGUUUUAUCAGUAAUUAUGUAUAAACUGAUGAGUCUUGGUAAAAGUUAAAACAUUUUAAAUUACUGCAUAAAAUUUUGUGUCCUUUUCUAAGUAGUUUUAAUAUUAAAAUUAUUGGAUAUUGGUUUUUUUUCUCUCUCUCUCUCUCUCUUAUUUUCUUUCUUCUGCAUAUUAUAUCAUGAACCAUAAAGUAUGAAGCUGAAGGACAUUGAGAACACAAAAUUUCAGAAACUUUGCCAAAUAAAGCAAACUUUAGCUAAUCUAUCCUUGGGGUAGAAAAUCCUCAGUUUUUCCAAAGAAUCAAAAGUUUUGUAAAUUACCAUGUAUCUUUGAUGAUUUGUUUUUGGUCAAUUGAUGUCAACAUUAAAUUUUGAUGUAACAGUUUGAAGAACUAAAGAUAAUUUGCAAUUUUGGUAACUGCCAUGUACCUUUUCAAAGUCCGGAAAUUUGUCAAAUUUGUUGUAAUUGUUAAUUAUCUAGUUUUAUUUUUUGUCUUUUAAUGAAUUUGGUGUUAAUUGAAGAUUUGUGUUUGCCUCUGAAAAAUCAUUUUAAAUAUAUUUUACAAUGUUUGUAAGAACUUGUGGUUUGUGUAGUAUUUUCUGUAAUUAUGAUUAGCACAAAGCACUCCAGAUUUUAUGUGGUUCUUAUGAAAAUGAGCUAGUUGAGACUAAUCCCACUUAAGAACUUUUUUCUUAUCUUGUGUUAUUUUGUUCAAUUUAGAGUUUGUCAUUUUGUUUUUUUCUAAAUACAUGAAAUACAACAAUGUACUUGUUUAUUAAGGUGGUACGUAACACUACAAGGAUAUAACUGUAAAAUCAGCUAAAGGUUUUAAUUACGUUGUGUUGUUAAGGGAAUAGUAAGCUUCUCAAUGAUCAAAAUUAUGUUUUAGUGUUUGUCAAACUGCUAUUAUGGCUAUAUACCAGUGUAAUUUUUUCUGAUAAAUUGGUUGGUUCAAAUAUUUUGAAAUUUUAUAUUUUUGUCAAAGGGUCAAAGUAAAUACUUUUUCAAAAUUUUAUGAAAAUUUAUUUUAGUGAAGGUGUUGGGUACCACCUUAAUGAAGUGUGAAUGGUUGCUCAUUGAUAUAUAUAUAUAUACCUCAUAUCACAAUUUAUUCAAAUGUAAAAAAGAUGUUCUGGUGUGAAUAUAGGAUCAAACAAGUACUCCUAAUGUUUACUGGGGAUUCAUCAUUGUUUGCUGGAUUCCAGUUUCUCAUAGAUUUCAUAAAAAAUACUAUUAGGAAAUUACAAUAUUCAAAUCUUCAAAGACGAACAUUUUAUACAAGCUUGUAUGCACAUUUUGGCAAAACUUCAAAAUGUAAUAUACACACACAACUUUUCCUCAAUACACAAAAAUAAAUACCCUCAUUUACUACAGUAAUUGAGUUCCAUUGGCGGAUCCAGGGGAUUGUUUUUUUUUGGACGAACAAUGCAUUUGAAUGGGAGCAUAAAGUUGGAACCCCCCUUUACUCUGGGUUGGGCCCCCUUUUAAAAUGGCUGGAUCUGCCCCUGAGUUCACACAUUGUAACCAGCAUUUGAAAUGUGCUGUUUGUUUUCUUUAAUUAGGUAUGCUUUUAAACUGGGUUCUGACCAUUUCUGAGAAAAGGAGUAAGAUCAGAGAGGCCUGAAAUUUACCAUAAGAUUUUACUUUUAUUAAAUCAGGUCAAAAUACUACAAAUUUGAAUUAGAAAUAGUUGUGAUAUUACUUUUUGUACUAAAGGAACUUCUUUUUGACAUGAUAAACAUGAAGAUACUGUAUUUUUACAAAUUUGAAAAUAAUACUAUUUGAGCACCUAGAUUUAUUUGAUUAGCAAGCAUAUGCAAACUCAUAUUAUAUAAAUAUAAAGGAAAUAUUAGGGCAGCUUAGUUCAUUUUUGUUAUGUUGUCAUUGUUAAAACUAAAAAAUCUUUUAGAAAUACACAUGUUUAUUUAAUAGUAAUUCAAAAAUUUGUUGAGAUAUUUUUUCAUUCUUUGAACAUGUUGAAAUUAAUUAGUAUUUACAGUAAUGCAUGAUUGAUUACUUCAAAUAAAUUAUCUAGGGAUGGUUGCAUUUUCCUUAUAGCAACAAAAUCAUCCUUCUAAAAAGAUCACUUCAAGAUGAUUUAAUAUGCCUUAUAUUGCACAAUACUGUUAAAACUAGCAUUAAAAAUUUUGAUGAAAAAAAAGAAAAUAGUGUUUAAAAAAAUAUCAUUGAUUGGAAACUAUCAAAUAUCUGUACAUUUAACAUGUUCAUGUUUAAAGAAUAUAUCAUUUGAAGAACUAUCAUGGAUCAGUAAUUAUUAAAUAUCUAAAAAGGGGUUUCCAAUAUAAAUGGGGGAAAAAUACGCUUUGGGGAAAACAUCAAUAAAAUUUAAAAGUAAAUUUGUAUAAGGAUUAUAUUUAAAUUAACAUGUGUAAUCAAGUACGAUGUAUAAUAUGUCAGUAUUUGUAAAAUGUUGGUUUUGUUGAAUAUUUGAACGUCCAUAUUGGUAUUAUAUUGUGAUGUAUUGUGUUUUACAGGACUUUAAAAAAAUGCAUUAUAAACUUGAAACUACACAAUAAUUUCAUACAGAGUUAUUGUAAAUUCAGAAAUUAUUGCAUGCUUUUACUAUUGCAAUUUUAAAAGAAUGGACAAAAAUGCAAAAUUAAUAUUGUAAAAGUCUGGUAGUUAUUUCAUACUCCGAGUCCAUCCAUUUACAAUGUGAUUACUUCAUAUGAAUGGAAUGAAUUAAAAAGGAUGUGUACAGUUGCCAGAUAAAUUUGAGAAUGGAAAUGGGGAAUAUGUCAUUGACCGCAACCCAACCAAAAAGCAGAUAGUACAUUUUCAACAAACUUUAGAGCAACUCCUUGUUGGAAUUAGAUCUUUUAAAUGGUUUUAACUAUUUUUUCUUUAAUCCAGUAUGUUAUUGAUUAAAAAAAAUAACCAUGCAUCUUAUCUCCUUAAACAAUCUGAUUUGUUGAAUCUUAUUGCUAGCCUUUACACUGCCAACUUAAGUCCCCAAGCAUUAUCCUUGGAGGUAUGUUCCGGUGAAAAUCCUUAAUAUGCAACACAAAAUUUGUAAUAAGUGAAUAUUUUGAGUUCGUGAUUGACUAAAAUUGAUGUCAUGUGAUAAAAAUCCUUUGUUUUAUGUUGUCAAAAUGAGUACUUAAAUUUGUUUUGUAAUUUUUGAAAGAGGCUCCUGUUACAAAAUGUUUGUUUUUUUAAUACAACUUUAUAAAUAUGUUUAUAUGUUUGAAGUAAUAAAGAAAAUUCUGUUCAUAUUUCUAGAGAAAUGGAGAUUAAGAUUUUAGCUGAGGGCUGUUCUAAAAUUUAUUGGGUGGAGUGGGGGAUGCAAGUCUCUGAAAUUUAAUAAAUAUUGGUUGCAUUUUCCAUAAAAUUACAAAAGUUUUGUUAAAAAGGGAUUGUCUUUCUUUUCACGUUUGAAAAACUUCUAUAGCAUAUCCAAUACUUCAAGUUCUUGUGAAGAAAAAUUAGUGUAUUUUAAAAACAGUCAUACCAUAUUUGAAAAUGCGUACAUUAAAAAAUUAGGAUCUUAGUACUAAAUUGAUUUAAUAACUAUAUGUCACAUUUGAUACUUGUAAAAAGCAUAUAUAAUUAGUUUAUUUUAUGAUAACAAAGUGAUUUUCAGAUGUAGAUAUUAUAUUAUAUUAAUUUAAUUUUAUCAUGAUUUCAAUAUAGGAUAGAUGCUGAAAUGACAUGAGCUGUGUCGGAUAGAAAUCGACCUUAUGCAAGUGCAUAUAUGCAUGUACAUGUAUAAACCUUUAUAUACUCCAGCUGUCCUAUUUGAGCAGUCAAAUUGCCUUGACCAUAUAUUCAUAUGUGAUAUACAGUCACUGACCGUAUACCACCUUGUUUAUGACAUUGACAAUGUGUUUCUGUAAAGUUUAUUUAUGACGUCUAUAAAACAUACAGGUUCGUGGAAAUUUACGUCUUCCGCGCAAAAUUAAGAAAUGAUGGUUUUUACCCUAAAAACUUCAUUUAGAACAAUUUUAAAAGUUGCAGUAUAUAAAGAAUAACUAUACCUUGUCUUGAAAUAUCAAUGUUAAUUGUACUCAGCUCAAAACAGGUAGAAAUGCUUGGCACAGCCUCACUUUCUGCCUGUUUCUAAGCCUUGUACUAAUAACAUUGAUAUUUCGAGACAAGGUAUGAUUAUUCUAUAUAAACAGUUUUGGAACAUUCAUAUAUGAAAUGAAAGAUUAAUUUUGGUUUGUUUUGUAGUGGUCUUUAUUUAACAAUUCAAUUUUUAAACAGUUACAGACUUUUGAUCACUUUCCGAAGAGAUUUAAUCCACCUGAAAUAGGUAACCAGAGGCAUUGAUAGUUAUUUUCAUAAGGUUGAUUUCCUAUCCAACACAGCUCUUAUAAUAAGCCGCUAAAUUUUAUUUCCUUGACUGAAUUUUCAUAUCAUUUUAGAACUUGCACCUAAAAAAGUUGAAUUUAUAUAUUGGAAACAUGACCUUAUUUUUUGCAUUGCAAACAUUUAUAGAAAAGACCCAUUAAAUGAAGGUUACUGGUAGGUGUUGUAUUUUGAAUAUGAAAAUUUGUGCAUGCAUUUAACAAACAAUGGACACACAUGCCAUACUAAUUAAUGAUAUUUAAAAAAAAUAAUUUUAUAUUGACUUUUGCUAGCAAAUAUUUAAACUUACGAAGAAGAAUGCAUUGUAAUUUUUGAAACAAUAAAAAUUUUGCAAAAUUUACUGAAUUAAAAUUCAAAUUUUAUCACUAUAACACCUCUACAUUUAAAAACAAUUGUCAGAUGAAGAACAGAAAAAAAGCACAGAGUCAGCCAUUUUUCCUAACUGUGAAAACAUUUAAGGGUAUAUUUAGAUAGAUAUUGAUUUCUGUAGUUUCCAAUCAAGGUUGAGUUAUCUCCCUUUUAUCUCAACAAGCAUUCGUUAUGUGACUAGGUGUUUAUAGUGUGUGUGGGUGUGUGUAUCAAUGGUGCAAGUACUUUGUUUCAAUAGGACAGAAUAAAUAUAAGUGUAAUUUUUUUAAAAUGGGGAUUGGAAUUUUUUAUAUAAAAAUCAAGAUUGAAAUAAUGAAAAUUGUGAAACAUUUCAUGUUUUUACAUUUUAAGUAUUUGUUUUUCUAAUAAAAUUAAUGGACACAUUAGAUCGUAGUAAUUUACAUCCAUAAGGCCAGUCAAUGAUAUCUUAUUUUUACUUUCUAAAAGUAAAGACCAAGAUAUGUUUGUGAAUCAAAUAAACACUAAAAUACAUUAUAAUUGUACAUGUAUUUCAAUUUUACUUGCAAUAAAAUUUAAUAAGCUUUA